AAAAGAUCCUCAUACAGAUUUGUUUCGAUUACUUUAUUCAUUUUCAGACUUUUUUUUUUAAAUAUACUUUUUCUUGGCUGUCUCCUGAAUAAAAAUGUCUCUCUUUCUUGCUUUCUUCGUAACUCAAAGCUAAGAUCAAAUACAGUGUUUUCCUCACCCCCUUUGCAGAAUUUGGGGGGAGAUAUAACCGCAUCUUGUUUGAUGCAAACCCUUUAAUCUUCCUCUCACUCUAAUUUCAGCGACGAGGUUUGGAAGAAAGAAACUGAAACGGAAACAAUCCCAAGGAAAAGAAAAGGGGAUUUUCCGGGGAAAGAGGGGAAAAAGUCGGAAACUUUGCAUCUGGGUUUGUCGAUUUGUGAUCGGAUCCGAAGCAUUUAAAAAAAUGGUAAUGGGUAUGGCAGCAGAAUCGCAGUUCCAUGUAUUGGCCGUUGAUGACAGUCUUUUUGAUCGGAAGCUGAUUGAGAGAUUGCUGCAGAAGUCGUCGUACCAAGUGACCACUGUUGAUUCAGGCACCAAGGCUCUCGAGUUUCUGGGUUUGAGAGAAGGAGGGGACAACAAUGACACGAAAACGCCCUCUUCAUCUCCCAAAAAUCAUCAGGAAGUGGAAGUGAAUCUUAUCAUUACCGAUUACUGUAUGCCUGGCAUGACAGGCUAUGAUUUGCUCAAGAAAAUCAAGGAAUCAUCUGCUUUCAAAAACGUACCAGUAGUAAUAAUGUCAUCUGAGAAUGUUCCUUCAAGAAUCACCAGAUGUCUGGAAGAAGGAGCUGAGGAGUUUUUCUUGAAGCCAGUGAGGUUGGCAGAUCUUAACAAGCUGAAACCCCAUAUGAUGAAAGCCAAGUCAAAGAACCAGAACCAGGAUCAAGAGGGGAUUGAGAAGAACCCGAAAGACAAAAACCCUACGAAACCAGGCACCGGAGAGGAUUCUACGGAUCAGGAAACGCUGUGUCUCUUACAAGGACUGGAACAGCAGCAAGAGCCAUUGAUGAAUAACAACAAGAGGAAGGCAAUGGAAGAGGGCUUAUCUCCAGCAGCAGCAGCAGAUCGAACACGUCCUAGAUUCAAUGGUAUCACAACCGUGGUCUGAUCUCUACCGUCUCUCUCUCUCUCUCCAGGGUUUCUUCAGAAGUUUCAGUCCGUAGUUUCUAGAGAUUUUGUAGAUUCUUUUAGGGUUUGAUGGUAUGGUAAUGAUGAUGAUGCAGAGAUAAAUGAUGAUGGGUCCUCCGGUGUUUAUAUGUAAAAAUCUUACACGGUGAAGUAUGUAUCUUAAUUCCAAUUUUGUUUUCAAUUAUAAAAGAACUACUGAUUCGUCUCU